UCGUUAUGUUUAUUUACAAAAUGAAGUGCCUGCUUUUUCUGUUUUCAAAAGCGGAUGAUAUUCAUCUGUGUUGAAUCGCAUAUAAAAUAACCUAUUAAAAUGUCGAAAUUACUAAAAACGUCUUUCCGUCAACUCUUCCUACGGCCUUCUGUGACGUAUCAUGAACAUAUAUUUCUUGUGCGAUGUUUACCAUGUUUACAGCAUGCUCUGUCUUUUACAAACCGUCCAUGGAUGCAAGCUGUUCAUACCACCAAAGGAUGGAAAACAAUAGCCGUGACUGGAGAAAAACCCGACAGAAGCGUUCUUAAAGAAACAGUGAGCUGUGAAGAUGGGAAGAGUGCAGUGCCUCAUAAUGUCUUAAUAAAUGAAUUAGAGAAAUGUUCUUCAGUGUCUUCUCAGAUCGAGACAUUUUGUUCGUUACUAAGUAUAACGCAGGAAGACAUUGAAAACAGGAAGAAGUUUUGUCAAUCACUUUCAGACACGUUUCAGCUGUACUUUCCUCAGUUCAAACUUAAUCAGUUCGGCUCCAGUGUCAAUGGCUUGGGAUUCAAGGGAUGUGAUGUGGAUGUCUCAAUUCAGACAAUCUUCAAUGAUGAACCACAUGUGAUGUUAAAAGAAGUACCAACCUUAGACUCUGUCAUCAACGGAGAAGUGUCAGAUGAAACUGUGGCUCGUAUGACCCCUCAAUAUCUCCUUCGCUUUGUGAGAAGAAUUCUUCGUAGGCAUUGCCCCGAUAUUAGGGAACCCAUACUACUUAUAAAAGCUCGUUGUCCAAUACUUAGAUUUUAUCACUCUAAAUAUGAUGUGUUCUGUGAUUUUUCUUGUGAAAAUGAGUUUUCUUUGCGUAACACAAAAGUCUUAAGACUUCUGUGCCAUUAUGAUGAACGAUUUGCACCUCUUGCCAAGCUUGUUCGUUACUGGGGCAAAUAUGGUGGAUUUGUUGGAGACAUUGACAUGUUCAACAGCUAUGCAUUUUCUCUUCUUGUUGUUCAUUUUCUCCAAACAAGGGAUCCCCCGAUUCUGCCUCCUCUGACAACAAUUGACGAUUCAGAAUAUCUCCAUCGUGGAAAUGUAAAUGACGAUGAUCUUCUCUUCAGAGAAGUAAAGAAAAUACCACCCUCAAAAAACAGCCAAAAUUUAGAAUGCUUGCUAAAGGAAUUCUUCUUUUACUACCUAAAUUUCGACUUUUCAAGAGUGAUUCUGCCCCUAAAAAGUACUUCAAUACCAAAGAGCGACUUUUUGAAUAGUCAUCAUGUGAACGACGAGUUUGAGUUUGGCUCAGUCUGUGUCUUGGAUCCGUUCCGGCCCAGCUUCAAUACCACUUCUAGUGCCAACUAUAAGAACUGCAAGAGAUUUCUAAGUUCUCUCAUUAACACAUGCAGUGCUUAUCAAGAUCAAUCAUUAUGGAUACCUCAAGCGAAAAUGUGGGGUCUCUGCUCUUUGUUCCACUUGCCAAAAGCUGAGAAUAAAGUGUAUGAUGACUGGAAGAAAAACUUAGUUCACAAAAUAGAACUACCAUACAAAUUACAAGCUAAAGAUAUUUUACUGAAAAUAUUGGAGCAUGGACUUUUAUUUAACUGUAGCAGCUUUAACACUGAAAAUGAGGAAGUUUUGGUCAACAAUGUCAUUUCAAAACCUAUCAUGAAAUUGCAUUGCAAAAGUUACUAUAAUACCUGGCAAGGGCGUGAUCUGUGGCUUCAAAAGUACAAGCACGAAGCUGUUGACUUUUUAGAAUUGCAUCACUUAAUAUCGGUAGAAUUAUCAAAAAGCAAAAUGGAGACUCGAAGGCAAAUGCUUUUUGAUUUUCAGAUUCUGUGUUCUGAAGUGUCUGACAACACAGAACUAAAACUGUUAUUGACUUUAACUUUUAAAGAAUCUAAAUUUCCUCCAAUAGUAGCUAUAUUUUUGAAAGAAUUUAUUCCUGAACUGUAUAAUAAACUGUAAAAAG